AAGCAUCCAAGGUUACAUCUGUCAGCGAGCAAAUAGUUGGGCAGCAACACGUCUCGCCUGUAGCAGAUGGGUACGGUUUCAUGAAGCGGGGAAGUACUAGCUGGCUAGUUAUUGCAAAUAAGCAAAACAAAACAUACAGCAGCAGGGAUUCCCACGUGGUCACCCACCGUAGUACUAAUCUGCCGUUCAACUGCUUAUGUAUGGCAGAGCGGACGGGAUGCCCAGUUUUCAGCUGACUGUGGCCGUAUGUGCUUGAGUGACUUUUAUAUUGCGAUAUGUAUUCAGACUAGUCGAACACCAUGAGCU